CAAGGAAGGAGUUGUUUUUCAAACUGGGGGAAAGAGGAGAGCUGGAAGGAAGAUAGGAAGUAUUAUUGGGUUCCUGAGAAUCAUCAAAAUGAAGAAAACCUGGCAGCAGCAUUAAACAACUCUACAACCAAGACAGUAAAUAAAGAACAAAACUCUGAAAAUAAAGGCAACCGAUCUUCUUUCGUUCACCCAAAUAAUGCCUCGCCGAAAAACACACUUAGGUCGUCAUAGUCGCCCAUGGCAAGCAAGGCGACGAGCAAUUGCAAAUCUGACUGAGGAAGAAAGGGAAGCAGAGAAGGAGCGACAGAGACAAAGACAGGCCCAAAGACUUGCCAAGGAAACACCAGAGCAACGUGCAGCCAGACUCGAGAGGGCACGGUUGCGAGCACAGCAAUUGCGUUCUGCAGCUACAAAAAAGGGUCGUGCCCGACAGAAUGAACGUGACAGGUUGAGAAGGACUGAAAGACGUCAACAAGAAAAAGCAAGACUCUGUGCUCAGCAAUUGGGACCACCCUUCCAGUGGGUGGUGAAGGAGGAGGACAAUGGAAGCGGAACCGUGCUGAGCGAAAACGAGUGGAGACUAUUUCUUCAUCCUUCUUUCUCAGGCAAAGAGGAGAGGGAGAUUGAGAACGAGGAUGCACGGGUUAAAAUGCUCAGCAUCGACACAGGGGAGAGGAAAGGAGCAGGGAAGAGAGACCAAACAGAGAAAAACAUGUUUUGUCACUCAAUCCUUUCCCAGUUAGAUGAAGAGAAACCGCAGAUAUGUGUGAAGUGUGAAAAGAUCUACUGCAUGAAUGUGCAUGAAUCUAUAUAAAUAAAAAUGUAUAUGUCCGUUUGUUCAGAA